AACGAUGUGAAACUUCAUAACAUUUUAUAAAUACAAUAACUUGGGAACUAAAUAUUUCACUUAACAUAAAUAAAUCGGAAAUGUUUUCCUUAACUCUAAAGUUAUUAUUUAUUCUUUGCAUAUAUUUUGCUGCAGUGGAGGCGAAAAAAUUAGCAAGGAUCAAUAGGAAGGAAUUAAAAGCCUGUCUGGCUCAGCAGAGAGGUGGCGGUGGUGGGGGCGGAGGAGGUGGAGGUGGACCACCACCAGGAGGCUCGGGAGGUGGACCACCAGGAGGAGAUGGACCAGGAGGAGAUGGACCACCACCAGGUGGAAAAUCAGGAGGAGGUGAUAAACCACCAGGUGGAAAAUCAGGAGGAGGUGGAAAACCGCCAGCUGGUGGAAAACCAGGAAAAAGUUAAAAACAUAUAUCAAGGAUCCAACAUUUAAAACUAAAACAAGGAAGAUCCACAUUAUUAUGACGUUUUUAUUUAUGUAAAGUUUAAAUUAAAAUUAUAUUACUUAUUCCAAAAUAUAAAAAAAUAUAUUAUUAACAGUUAAUAUAUUAAAUAAUGUUAAUUAUUAA